CGCACAUAUAUGGCUUUCAGAGAGGUGCGUGUUGGCGUGCAUCCAAGAGCCAUGGAAAUGGAUUCUGGAGAAAAGCGUCUCAAUGAGCUCGGAUACAAGCAAGAACUCAGAAGAGAAUUGAGUUUAUUCAAGACAUUCGCAAUAACUUUUUCGACCAUGGCAUUUUUCGUUGGAACUCCACUGUACGGCCCUAGCCUGCUUUAUGCUGGCCCUGCAAGCUUGAUAUGGGGUUAUGUUGUCGUUACAUUCUUCACCUGGUUUGUUGGGUGCGCCAUGGCUGAGAUAUGCUCCUCCUUUCCUACAACUGGCUCCCUUUAUUUUUGGGCUGCCCAUUUGGCUGGACCGAGAUGGGGGCCAUUUGCAUCUUGGUGCUGCGCUUGGUUAGAAACCAUCGGUCUCGUUUCUGGAAUUGGCAUACAGGCAUACUCAGGAGCACAGUCAUUGCAGAUGAUAAUACUUUUGUCCACAGGGACAAACAAGGGUGGAGGCUACUUCGCACCAAAGAGUGUUUUUUUGUUCAUAUAUAUUUGCCUAACCCUCAUAUGGGCAGUGCUCAAUUCCUUCGCAUUACAAGUCGUAGCAUUCCUCAACGUAAUUUCUGUAUGGUGGCAGGUGAUCGGUGGAUUCAUUGUAGUCAUAGGUCUUCCUCUGAUAGCAAGCCCGACACAGUCAGCAUCGUAUGUGUUCACUCAUUUUGAAACAUCUCCCGAGUCAACCGGAAUCCAUAGCAAACCUUAUGCAGUGAUUCUGUCGGUACUUCUAAGCCAAUACUGUUUGUAUGGCUACGACACUGCAGCUCAUCUAACCGAGGAAACCAAAGGCGCCGACAAAACUGGUCCGCUGGCCAUUCUUUCUAGUAUAGGAAUCAUUUCAGCCUUCGGAUGGGCUUAUCUUUUAGCUCUUACUUUCAGCAUCCAGGAUCCAGCCUAUUUAUAUGACCCAAACAAUGAGACAGCCGGUGCACUCGUUCCGGCACAGAUCAUUUAUGACGCAUUUUAUCGAAGGUAUCACAGUGGCACUGGAGCCAUCAUUUUCCUCUGCAUCAUUUGGGGAACCUUCUUCUUUUGUGGGCUCGCCGUCGUAACUAGCGCUGCUAGAGUAGUUUAUGCUCUAUCAAGGGAUGGAGGAGUUCCAUUUUCACGUAUCUGGAUAAAAAUACAUCCAAAGCACAAGGUUCCAACAAAUGCAGUGUGGUUGUGUGCGGGCAUAACCAUUAUAAUGGGACUUCCCAUCUUGAAACUCAACGUCGUUUACACCGCCAUCAUUUCAAUUAGCACGAUCGGAUGGGUGGGUGGCUAUGCUGUACCAAUUUUUGCGAGGUUGGUGAUGGACGAGAAGAAUUUUAAACCAGGUCCCUUCUAUUUGGGUAGAGCAAGCAGGCCAGUUUGCUUGAUAGCUUUUCUGUACAUAUGUUAUACAUGUUCAGUCUUUUUAUUGCCAACUCUUUAUCCUCUCCACUGGGACACUUUCAACUAUGCACCUGUAGCCGUUUCCGCAGCAUUGACAAUGAUAAUGCUCUGGUGGGUCUUGGAUGCAAGGAAAUGGUUCAAGGGACCAGUAAGGAAUAUUGACCUACAGAAUGGAACAGUUUAAGAGACACAAAGAAACAAGAAAGUUGUAACAGAUCUAGAAGAGCAGUAUAUUAAUCUUCAUAUAUCUUAAAUAAUUCUCUUGCAAUUAGUUCGCUCUUUGCAUACUGGUUGAAUGGAGCAAUAAAAGUGAGCUUUAUACUUGGCUAUAAA